CACACAAAGUCGAUUUUAAACCCAUUAGGUCGGUUCGGUUUUAAACCCAAAAUGAAUUUUUCGGUUUUGAAAAAUUCAAAUAAAAAACUGACGGUUUAAGUUUGGUUUCGUUUUUAUCAAUUUUUUAAUUUUCGAAGUUUCGAUUUUGUUUAGCCCUAAUUAUUACCGGUCUAAAAAACAAUAAACUCGAUGAAAAAGGAAUAAUGGGUUACGAAACCCGGUUACAAAUUAUGGCCGGUUAAAAAAUAGGGCCCAGAAACGUGAACAUUUGGGAAGUCUGUUAAACUUUAAACACGCUUAUCAAUUAUCUUCAUAGCUAAACCCUAAAUCUAAGGGUUUUGAAUUACCCUAAAUCUAAGGGUUUUGAAUUUCGGAAUCGGAGUGAACCGAAGGAACUCAAUUAAGAGCAGGAUGAACUUAGAGGAAGCGGAUCCGGAUUAUUCUGAUUUGAAGAGAGUGGAGCAUGCGAUUGACGCCAUUUAUGAUAAAAGCGGCAAUGACCUUACUUCGGAAGAACUUAGCAGGAUCUCAGGGAAAUUUGUCCAAGAUUUUUUUGGAGAAUCAGUCUACUCUGGACUCGUAUCAAUAACAACUUUACACCUAGAAAAUGUAGCAAAGUCAGUAGAAGCAUCAGAAGACUCAAAUUUUCUAGAAGAACUGAGCCAAAAAUGGAUGGAUUUCAAUACAGCACUAGUAGAGAUAGGUCAAAUACUAAAGGGCAUGGACCUGACCUUCGUUCGUAAUACACGAAAAACUCCGGUCCAUGUAGUUUGUCGGAACAUCUGGCGGGAUAACAUCAUCAACUCAAGUAACAUUGCAAUACGCCUUAAAUCUACACUGCUUGAAGCAGUUAGAAAAGAACGAGCUGGUAUACACGCUGCGAAAUUCUUAGUGAGACACAGUGAAGAUGCUGACGUACAUGGGUAAUGCAAUCUAUAAUGAUUGUUUUGAAAUUCCGUAUCUUGUAUACUGGUCUACUGAUUGCGCUACUGAAUCCCGGGUAUGGAUUGAAACUUUGGAUUGUGGUACAUAUAUUGACAGAAUUGAGAGAAAAUUGGAAGCAGAGAUUAAUAGGGUGUUUCAUUAUCACAGUGUAAAAAUUAAAAAAGUAAAGUAUGAGUUCAGAAAGAAAAUGAUCGAAUGCCACUUGAAACGGUUGCUUGAAUCAGAGGAAUGGGGAUUCAUCCAUUUGAUGAAGGAAGAAAGGUACCUUGAAUUAGGAAGAUUUUACAAUCUUUUAUGUCAGUAUUCGUCACACCAGAAGUAUUCGUCACACCAGAUGUUCAAGGCAAUGUGCUCUUACAUUCAGAAAAUUGGGGAACAACUUGUAGCAGAUCCCGAAAGGCAUCUGAAUCCAGUUGGUUUCGUGGAACGGAUGAUUGAUGAAAAGGAAAAGCUUGAAAGGAUUAUGAGUGUCACAUACUACAACAACAAAUGGUUCUUGGAACGCCCGAUAAACUUGUAUAGUUUGGUACCUCAGUUUUCUGUUGGUCUGCAACCACAGUUGCAGGAAUUGAUCUCGCCAGGACUGUUGAAGAUGAUUGAAAAUGAUGACCACCUGAGGAUACGAAGACUGUAUAAUUGCUUGAAUACCCAUGGGUCUCUCUUAAAUCCGAUGCAAGAUAUUCUGUCUUCUAACAUUCAGAAAAAUGGCUUAGAGGUGAUGAAUCCCCAAUUGUGUAGAGAUCCCUCUGUUCUCCUGCAUAUUUUAUGUGAUCUAAAAGCUAAAUAUGAUAGUAUCAUUAAGCAUGGAUUUGAGAACGAUGCAAAUUGCCGAUGCAUGUUGGGUGAUUGGUGUGGGCAUUUCUUUACAUUAGAACCCAGGUUUCCCGAAAUAAUCUCGUCGGAGUUGUCGAAGAUGAUUGAUGAUGAUGAGCACCUUAAGAUAAACAGACAUUACGUCUUCUUAGGAAGCUUUCUGGUUGGCACAAAGAUGAUGAAAGAUGUUCUGGAAUCACACAUUCGGAAAGCUUGGGAACAACUGAUGAUGGAUGCCCGAUGUCGGACAGAUCUCUUUGUUCUCGUGCAACUGUUACUCGAGCUAAUAGGUAAAUACAAUGAAAUCAUCAAGCAUGGGUUUAACAAAGAUGGGGAUUUUCGAUGCAUAUUGAUAUCUUUGUUUGGGUGUUUCCUGAAAUCAAAACCCCAGAUUCCCGAAAUAAUUCCGUUACAUGUCGAUGACCAGUUUAGAAAAGGUGUGAAAGGGGAAAGUGAAUCGGAGCUCAUGGUUUUGUUAGAUAAAGUCAAGAUGCUCUAUGAUUGUUUAGAGGAAAAACAUAUCUUUGAAAAAUAUUACAAAAGACAUUUAGGUGCUCGUCUUUUAUCAGGAAAUAGUUUGACAGAAGACAUAGAAAUAUCCAGGAGACAAGGCAUUCGGGAAUCUAUUUGCUUUAAAUGCAGAAAAAAUGCUUACUGAUAUCCAAAAUUCAAGAGAGACCAUGCAAGGGUUUUACAUACAGGCGGGGCGAACCGUAUCCGACAUGCCCACAAUUGCGGUUAAUGCUGUAUCAGCCUGGCUCUGGGAGACUCAGCCCACCACCCCAUGCAACCUACCAGCAGAUAUCACUGUUCUAUCCAAUUCAUUCUCUAGUUAUUAUCACCGUGCCAAUGAGGGGCGCCGGCUGACGUGGCAAACAGACAUGGGGUCUGCCAUCAUUGAAGCGACAUUUGAUAAAGGAAGAAAACACGAACUUGAAGCAUCAACAUACCAAAUGUGCAUUCUAAUGCUAUUCAAAAAUGCAGACCAGUUGACGUAUACGGAUAUACAAAUGGCGGUUGCGAUACCUGAGAAUGAUCUCAAACAGUGUUUAUGGUCAUUGGUGUUUAUACCAGGUAAAAAUAUCCUUAGGAAAAGUCCAGAGAGUAAGACAAUCCAGGCAGGUGAUGAGUUUUACUUUAAUGAGGAGUUUUCUAGUGAGUCUUAUAAGGUGAAGCUUGAGACCACUAACGUACGGAAGCAAACCACACCAGAAAAGGAGGAGAUGAUUCGGAAGUUGGAGGAGGAUAGGAAACCGUUGGUUACUGCAAUCAUUAUGAAGGUUAUGAAACAGAAACGAACAAUGGAAUACUCUGAUAUUGUGGUUGCUGUUAGAGAGGAGCUGAAGUUAAGAUUUAAGCCCACUCAUCAAUUGUUAAAGAAGGGGAUUGCGGUUCUUGUUUCUUUGGAGAUGUUGGAAAGGGAUAAGGAGAAUAAGAUGGUGUAUUGGUAUCAAGAUUGAGAAGAAAAUGGCCAUGAUCAAUCAGUUUUGUUGCUGUUUUUUUUUUCCCUAAUGAUUUCAGUUUUUUUUUUCUUUGGUGGUGUAAAAAGGGAUUCAGAGAUAGUUGCUGAAAUGGAUUCAAUUUUACUUUGACGUACUUGUGUUUUAUUUUUAUUUGUUUUUUGUGUUGCUUAUAAUAGCUAGAAGUCAUUUUUGUUUGAAUUAGUGUUGGGAUUUCUUUUAAUCACUCCAAAACAGGAUAUUCCCAAUAAAGUUUGAAUAAUAUGUGUUACUGGAAAAAAAAAUCUUGGCUGAGAGUGCGGGGCUUGCUCA